GGGGAACUGAACUUUGGAUUGAGCGACAUCUGCGAUAGCUGCUGAGCGACCCUCUCGACUUAGCGUCGAUGGUGAUAACCGACAACUAUUGACAUCGGUUCGUGUUUACCGAAGCUUAUUGUCUUGUGCGCUGCGUUUAGCCCACACAGCAAUUAAUAAACUGAAACGCUGCCCUAGAACUAGUCUGUUUUCCAACGUUGCCAUGAGUGAAGGUAGAAGCGCUGCUCCGGCGACCAAUUUCAAUACGUUCAAGGAGCUGCGGGUGGCGCGUCGCGGCUCGCUUUUGGAGAUACAAUUCAAUCGACCUGCUGUGCAGAAUGCGCUGCGCCGUCGCACCAUCUACGAGCUGCUGCGCGCCUUGGACGUGGCCAAUGCGGACGAGAUGGUCAGCAUCGUGGUGCUGACGGGCAACUCGACUGCCUUCACAUCGGGCAAUGAUCUUACCGAUCUGCUGGCGCUGCAACGCAAGAACGGCGCCGAGGCAUUGGACGUGCACUUUCGUGCCUCGAACUUCGUGAUGAAGGCGCUGGUAAAGAAGAUUCUGAACAACCGCAAGGUGCUGGUGGCCCUGGUGCAGGGCAAUUGUGUUGGCCUGGGCGUUGUCAUCUGUGCGCUGUGCGACGUUAUCUAUGCCACGGAAUCUGCCCAGUUUUGGCUGCCCUUCUCGCAGCUGGGCCUGUGCGCCGAGGGCGGCACUAGCUGGACGUUGCCCCAGCUGCUGGGCCGGAGCAAAGCAGCUGAGCUGCUGCUGUUCGGUGAGCGACUGAACGGCCAGGCGGCACUGCAGCACGGCAUGAUCUCCAGCCUGGUGUCCAAUGAGCAGGAGUUCUGGAAGCGCAUGGAGCAGCACUCGCGGCUGCCGAACGUCUCGCUGUGCAGCACCAAAAAGCUGCUGCUGCAUCCAUGGCGCCAACAACUGCUCGAUGCCCUGGAGACUGAAUGCAUGCAGCUAGAGGCACUGCGUCUCGGCCCCACCUAUCGAGCACAAAUAAUGGCCUUUGCCCGAAGAAGCAAGCUCUGAGUUCAUUUCCCCAGACAUUACGUACUCUAAGACAAUAUUCCUGGAUGCCAACAAAACAUGUUGUUAUUAUUUUUGUUUAUUUUAAUGUGCUCAGCAAAUAAGAUUAUAAAAGAAAAUCCACUGAAUGUGCCCGAAAGCAAACAGAGCUCGGUUUAUGGACAAAGUUCAAGGGAAAAUCUUAACGAAGGGAAAUGAUAAGAGGAGGGGAGAGGGACAAAGAGAGGGUAGACAGAGAGAAAGAGAUGAU